CUCCGUCCCAGGCAGGCUGAACUCCAAGGAAUUUUCUCCCACUUCAAGACGUCUCACCAUUGAUCUCUCAAUAACUGCUCAUCUUCUUCUGGCACACAAAUGUCACGUGUGUCGUCCUCAACCCCAGUGGCAGAUAAUUCGUGAGCUGCUUAAGUGCGCUAUUUCUUUCCCUUUCCUUAAUGAAACCCUACGCAAUGCCAGCAUCCAUCCUGACCACCUCUUUGAUACGCAUUGACAGACGGAGCAGAUGAGUUUCACGUGUCGACGAGUCUCCUCCGUUUAUACAAACUGGCGCAAAGGCAAUAUGUAUGUGAUUAAUGAAAACUUUUAAAGGAAAUACUUUCGAUCGUGUCCAUAUUACGCUUUUUCCUGCCUUAGAAAUAACCUUUACAAACUGUCAUUUCUACUUGUAGCAGAUGCCCGUAUACAGCAAUUAAUUAAAAUAAAUACAAAGCAGUUUUGCAAAAUAGCGCUAAAGUGGCGACUGAUUCGCAUCCAGUAUUAUUUGGGGGGGGGGAAAGAAGACUGUAUAUUAUUUUAAAUUGUGGAUGCGAGAUGCGCAAAUUGAUUGCAAGCCGGAUGUUAUACCCCGCCGACACCGCGGCGAUCGGGAGAAUAUUAACGCGCGUUCAGACGUGCGGCGCGGCGCCUCUCCCUCGCUGCGAAUGGUAGCUUCCAACCCGCCUCACAUUUCACAAACAGCAGCUUCGCCCCGGAUCGUACGCUGCUCCCAUGCAGAGUGGUCCCUGUUAAAUUUUUAAGAGUGAGCCGACUAUUAGCUGUGCACAUGAUGUCCCUGUACGCGAUAAACAGCAAUACCCUAUCAACUGCGCUAUCUUGCGUUAUUCACAUUUAACUGUUUUAAACCCGCGUUUGUUGUUCAGUUCUUCCAGUCGUUAUCUAUCUUUUUAUUUUCCAAAGACGAUAGCUUAAAAAGUCGCGGAGUUAUUCCGACCACUAAAAAUAGGCAUUUAAACGAGAGAAAACAAAAGAAGUCAAGAUCGGGUCUGGCGUUCAACGUAAGGAAAGUUUCCGAUUGAAAAAGGAUAAUCCUGUAAGGAAAAGGGGGAAAAACAUCGGAGCAGGUAAAUAAUCGGCCAGCUUCAAGCAAGGAGGGUCUUUUUUUGGAGCUGGCUCAGUGUACAGCGCUGCCAGAAUGGACAGCAGCGACCAGCGCCAGCGCUCAUUGACCCGCAGCCGGCACGGCAAAGACUUCCACUACAACUCCUCGCUGGACGCUGAGGACUGCUGUGUGCCCACGCAGAAGUCGUACAGCUCCAGCGAGACCCUGAAGGCGUACGACCAUGACUCGCGGCUGCACUACGCCGGCUGCGUGGCUGACCUGGUGCACUGCGACGCCGACGAAUUCACCAGGCAAAGGAACUUCACGCUGGCAGAGCUGGGCCUCUGUGAGGCAGCAGCAACGGCCCACCCGAGCCUGUACUGCUCGGACCUGGGCCCCGCAGCCCGCGGCUACUCGCCAAGCGUGGGCUCAGACGCCGACUCGGACCCAGAGGAGGCCAUGUCCCCGGAGCGCGCCGUGGAACUGUGGGCAGGCCGAGCUGGCAAGUCUGGCCGCAGCUCCGGCCCGUCGAGCCGGGAGAACUCCGCUUUGACACUAACCGACUCAGACAAUGAGGACAAGUCUGAUGACGGAUCAGGUGGCCCCCUCCCUCCCACUCCUGCCUCCAGCCUGCUCCCACCUGCCCCUCCUCCACCUUCCGGCCCCCUCCAACCCGCCCCCCCAGCCGUCAGAGAGUGCCAGGUGCCCCUGCUCGACAGCAGCUCCCCCCGCCCCAUUCUGGAGUCUCACGCUGACGAUGAGUUUUCCCCCAACUCCUAUCUGUUACAGGCCUGCGGUCCUCUUCCUCAGCCCCCCUCCACGGGUCCCCCGAACCACCACGGCCAGUCGAGCCUGCGGCCGCCGCUGCCCCCCUCCCACAACCACCAGACGUUGUCCCACCACAAUGCCUCGGGCAACUCGCUGAGGCGCAACUCGCUGACGGGCCGCCGUGGCCACGCGCCCAUCUCCGGGCCGGCCGAUGGCCCCACCACGCCUGAGUCGGUGCAGCUCCAGGACAGCUGGGCCCUCAACAGUAGCGUGCCGCUUGAGACCAGGCACUUUCUGUUUAAAACAUCUUCUGGGACCACUCCGCUGUUCAGCAGCUCCUCUCCAGGGUACCCCCUCACUUCCGGAACGGUCUAUUCGCCUCCGCCUCGACUGCUGCCCCGAAACACCUUCUCACGGAGUUCCUUCAAGCUGAAGAAGCCGUCCAAGUACUGCAGCUGGAAGUGUGCGGCCGUGUCCGCCAUCACGGCGGCCACGCUGUUGGCUGUCCUGCUCUCCUACUUCAUAGCCAUGAACCUGCUUGGACUCAAUUGGCGGCUGCAGCCCUCAAAUGCUCAUGUGGUCAGCAACAGGCUCGGCACGCAAUUGCCAAGCAACAGCGACGUGACAACAUUGCCCUCUGGGGGCAGAGGACCCUGGAUGCCCCGAAACACCAGCAUCGACACAGGUGAACUCGAGCUGGGCCGACGGGUCACCCAGGAGGUGCCCCCUGGAAUGUUCUGGAGGUCCCUGCUGCACAUCACCCAGGCACAGUUCCUCAAGUUCAAUAUCACCCUUGGCAAGGACGCACUGUUCGGGGUCUACAUCCGCAAGGGGCUACCUCCCUCCCAUGCACAGUAUGAUUACAUGGAGCGGCUAGACGGCCGGGAGAAGUGGAGCGUGGUGGAGUCGCCACGGGAACGGCGCAGCGUGCAGACGGUGGUCCUGAACGAGGCCGUCUUCGUGCAGCACCUGGACCCCGGCAGCUGGCACCUGGCCUUCUACAACGACGGCAAAGAACGCGAGAUGGUCUCCUUCAACACCGUGGUGCUAGAAUCCGUGCAAGAAUGCCCCCAGAAUUGCCAUGGCAACGGCGAGUGCGUGUCUGGAGUGUGCCACUGCUUCCCGGGCUUUCACGGAAUGGACUGCGCCAAAGCUGCCUGCCCGGUCUUGUGCAGCGGAAACGGUCAGUACGACAAGGGCGUCUGCGUCUGCUACAGCGGCUGGAAGGGUCCCGAAUGCGACCUGACGGCCAGCCAGUGUGUCGACCCACAAUGCAGCGGGCAGGGCACCUGUACGGAGGGCACCUGUGUCUGCAACACGGGCUACAAAGGCGAAAGCUGUGAGGAGGUGGACUGCCUGGACCCCGUCUGCUCCGGGAACGGCAUCUGUGUGAAGGGGGAGUGCCACUGCAAGCCGGGCUGGGCGGGGCCCCUCUGCGAGGCCCCCCGCGCCCAGUGCCCCGACCAGUGCCACAGCCGCGGAGCCUACAUCCCGGACACUGGCGUGUGCAGCUGCGACCCCAACUGGAUGGGCCCCGACUGCUCCGUGGAGGUGUGCUCGGUGGACUGCGGCGCCCACGGAGUGUGCAUGGGCGGGGCCUGCCGCUGCGAGGAGGGCUGGACGGGCGCGGCCUGCGACCAGCGCGUCUGCAGCCCACAGUGCAUGAAGCACGGCACCUGCAAGGACGGGAAGUGCCAGUGUCAGCAGGGCUGGAACGGCGAGCACUGCACCAUCGACUAUUUGGAUAAGCUUGACAAAGAUGGGUGCCCGAACCUGUGUAACGGUAACGGCAAGUGCACCAUGGGCCAGAACAGCUGGCACUGCGAGUGCGAGAUGGGAUGGAGGGGUUCGGGCUGCAGUGUCGCCAUGGAGACCUCCUGUGCAGACAACAAGGACAACGAGGAAGAUGGACUAACAGACUGCAUGGAUCCAGACUGCUGCAUCCAGAUUUCCUGCCAGACCAAUCCGCUCUGUCUGGGGUCACGUGACCCUCUGGAGAUCAUUCAACAGACACAACCAUCAGCUCAAAAAGUGAGGUCCUUCUACGACAGGGUGAAAGUGCUGGUGGGAAGGGACGGAACCCACAUCAUUCUCGCCGACAACCCCUUCAACGCCAGUCUGGCGUCUCUGAUUCGAGGGCAGGUUCUCACCAAGGACGGGAGUCCCCUGGUGGGAGUUAACGUCUCCUUCGUGAAAUACCCCCAGUAUGGAUACACCCUCACAAGACGGGACGGAACGUUCGACCUCGUGGCCAAUGGCGGGGGCUCCCUGACGCUGCACUUCGAGCGUGCCCCCUUCCUGAGCCAGGACCGCACCGUCUGGCUGCCCUGGAACAGCUUCUACGCCAUGGACACGCUGGUGCUGAAGACGGAGGAGAACACCAUCCCCGGCUGCGACCUGAGCGGCUUUGCGCGGCCCGACCCCGUGGUAGUGGCCUCGCCGCUCUCCUCCUUCUACAGCUCCCACCCGGGGGAGAAGCCCAUCAUCCCCGAAACUCAGGUGCUCCAUGAGCAGGUGGAGAUUCCCGGCACCAGCCUGAAGCUCUGCUACCUGAGCUCGCGGGCGCCGGGCUACAAGUCCCUGCUGAAGAUCAUCAUGACUCAGGCACUGGUGCCCCUCAGCCUCACCAAGGUGCACCUCAUGGUGGCCGUCGAGGGCCACCUCUUCCAGAAGUGGUUCCACUCGUCCCCAAACCUGGCCUACACCUUCAUCUGGGGCAAGACGGAUGCUUACGGCCAGAAGGUCUAUGGGCUGGCGGAGGCUGUCGUGUCCGUCGGCUACGAGUACGAGACGUGUCCCAACCUGAUCCUGUGGGAGAAGCGGACAGUGCUGCUGCAGGGAUUCGAGUUGGUGCCCUCCCACCUGGGCGGCUGGUCCCUGGACAAGCACCACGUCCUGAACAUCCGCUGUGGGAUACUACACAAGGGCAGCGGGGAAAACGUCUUCGUAUCACAGCAGCCGCCGGUCAUCACGAGCAUUAUGGGUAACGGGCGGCGGCGCAGCAUCUCCUGCCCUAGCUGCAACGGCGUGGCCGACGCCAAUAAACUGCUGGCGCCGGUGGGCCUGGCGACCGGGAUCGACGGCAGCCUUUACGUCGGCGACCUCAACUUUGUGCGCAGGGUGUACCCCUCCCUCAACACCACCGCCAUCCUGGAGCUCAGAAAUAAGGAUUUCAGACACAGCAGCAACCCAGCACACAAGUAUUACCUGGCCGUGGACCCAGUAUCUGGGAUGCUGUUCCUGUCGGACACCAACUCGCGGCAGAUCUUCCGGGCGCGCUCACUUACGGGAGCGAGGCCGCUGUCGGACAACACCGAGGUGGUCGCCGGGACCGGGGAGCAGUGCGUGCCCUUCGAUGAGGCCCGGUGUGGGGACGGCGGCAGAGCCGUUGAGGCCACCCUCAUGAGCCCGCGAGGAAUCGCCGUUGACAAAAACGGCCUCAUGUACUUCGUGGACGCCACCAUGAUCCGCAAGGUGGACCAGAACGGCAUCAUCUCCACGCUGCUGAGGACCAACGAUCUCACGGCGGUGCGGCCGCUCAGCUGUGACGCCAGUAUGGAUGUCAGCCAGGUCCGCCUGGAGUGGCCCACCGACCUGGCGGUGAAUCCCAUCGACAACUCCCUCUACGUGCUGGAGAACAACGUCAUCCUGCGAAUCACCGAGAACCACCAGGUGAGCAUCGUGGCCGGGCGGCCCAUGCACUGCCAGGUGCCCGGCAUCGACUACUCGCUCAGCAAGCUGGCCAUCCACGCGGCGCUGGAGAGCGCCACGGCCAUCGCCGUCUCGCACGCCGGCGUGCUCUACGUGGCCGAGACGGACGAGAAGAAGAUCAACCGCGUGCGGCAGGUCAGCACGGGCGGCGAGAUCUCCCUGCUUGCCGGCACGGCGUCCGACUGCGACUGCAAGAACGACGUCAACUGCAACUGCUUUGACGGCGAUGAUGGCUACGCCGCCGACGCCCGCCUCAACUCGCCGACCUCGCUGGCCGUGUCGCCGGACGGCACUCUCUUCAUCGCCGACCUCAACAACAUCCGCAUCCGCGCCGUGCGCCCCAACUGGCCGCACCCGACGCCGACCGGCCAGUUCCAGGUGGCCUCAGCCCACGAGCAGGAGCUGUACGUCUUCGACGAGGAGGGCCUCCACCUGCAGACGGUGAGCCUCAUCACUGGGGAGACGCUCUACAACUUCUCCUACGCCUCUGACGGCGAGCUAGCCGCCGUGGCCGACAACUGCAACAACACGGUGCGCGUGCGGCGAGACGGGGCGGGCCCAAGUGGCGCCGGACUGCUGCGCCUCAUCCUGCUGCCGGAGAACCAGGUGGUGACGCUGGGCCUGGACCCCGCCGGCAGCCUGCGCUCCGUCUCCGCGCUCAACCGCGAGGUGGCGCUGCUGAGCUAUAACGGGAACACAGGUCUGCUGGUAUCUAAGGCAGAGGAGACGGGCUGGACCACCUUCUAUGAGUACGACAGCGAGGGCCACCUGACCAACGUCACCUACCCUACGGGCGUGGUCAUCAGUCUGCACUACGACAUCGAGCGCUCCAUCAGCAUCGACAUCGAGAGCUCCAAGAGGGACAACGACGUCAGCAUCGUCACCAACCUGUCCUCCGUGGAGGCGUCGUAUACCAUGGUGCAAGACCAAGUCCGAAAUAGCUACCAGUUCUGCUACAAUGGCUCGUUGCAAGUGAUGUACGCCAACGGGAUGGGCAUGAGCUUCCACACGGAGCCUCACGUCCUCGUCGGAGCCGUCAGCCCCACCAUCGGGCGUCGUAACAUCACGCUGCCCACCGACAACGGCCUCAACUCCAUCGAGUGGAGGCUCCGUAAGGAGCAGGCUAAGGGCAAAGUCACCGUGUUUGGCCGGAAACUGCGGGCUCACGGAAGGAACCUGCUCUCGAUAGACUUCGACCGGAACACCCGCACAGAGAAGAUCUAUGAUGACCACCGCAAGUUCAUGCUGCGCGUCAUGUACGACGUGCAGGGCCGGCCGGCCAUGUGGCUGCCCAGCAGCAGUCUGGCCGUGGUCAACGUGUCCUAUGCACCCAACGGCCAGCUCCUAGGCCUGCAGCGGGGCAGCAUGAGCGAGAAGAAGGAGUUUGACUCCCUUGGACGCAUCAUCUCACGCUCCUUUGUAGACGGGAAGGUGUGGAGCUUCAGCUACUUGGACAAGUCCAUGGUGUUGCUUCUUCAAACCCAGAGGCAGUAUGUCUUUGAGUUUGACACCUCUGGUUUCAUCACUUCCGUCACCAUGCCCAGCAUUGCUCGGCACACCAUGUCCACCCACGUCUCCAUCGGCUACAUCCGCAACAUUUACAAUCCACCAGAAAGCAAUGCCUCUGUCAUCCAUGACUUCAGCCAAGAUGGACGGCCGCGGGCCACCUUCUUCUUAGGCACCGGCAGGAGAGUCCUUUACAAGUACGGCAAGCUAGGCAAGCUGUCUGAGGUUCUGUAUGACAGCACAGCUGUCACCUUUGGCUACGACGACACCUCUGGUGUGCUCAAGAUGGUCAGCCUGCAGAGCGGCGGCUAUUCCUGCACCAUCCGCUAUCGCAAGAUGGGCCCGCUCAUUGACAAGCAGAUCUACCGCUUCUCCGAGGAAGGGAUGGUGAACGCCCGCUUCGACUACACGUACCACGACAACAGCUUCCGGGUUGCCAGCAUGAAGCCCGUCAUCAGCGAGAUGCCACUCCCGGUGGACCUGUAUCGCUACGACGAGAUCUCGGGCAAGAUCGAGCACUUUGGCAAGUUCGGCGUCAUUUAUUAUGACAUCAACCAGAUCAUCACCACAGCCGUGAUGACGCUCACUAAGCACUUUGACACUCACGGGCGCAUCAAGGAGGUGCAGUAUGAGAUCUUCCGCUCCCUCAUGUACUGGAUGACUGUCCAGUACGACAGCGUGGGCCGCGUCAUCAAGCGGGAGCUCAAGAUCGGCCCGUACGCCAACACCACGCAGUACCGCUACGAGUACGAUGGCGACGGCCAGCUCAGCGGCGUGAAGGUCAACAACUGGUCGGCAUGGCGCUACAGUUAUGACCUCAAUGGCAACCUGCACCUCUUGAACCCUGGGAACAGUGCUCGCCUGCUGCCUCUGCGCUACGACCUGCGGGACCGCAUCACACGCUUGGGCGACGUGCAAUACCACAUAGACGAGGACGGCUUCCUCAACCAGCGCGGCACGGACUUCUUCGACUACAACUCCAAAGGGCUGCUGGUACGAGCCUACAGCCGAGCCUCUGGGGGUUGGCGGGUCCAGUACAGCUAUGAUGGGCUGGGCAGACGCGUGUCCAGCAAGUCCAGCCUGGGCCAGCACCUGCAGUUCUUCUACGCAGACCUAAACGACCCGACACGCGUCACCCACAUGUUCAACCACUCCAGCUCGGAGAUCACCUCGCUCUACUACGACCUGCAAGGCCAUCUGUUCGCCAUGGAAGUGAGCAGUGGGGAGGAGUACUACAUCGCCUCGGACAACACCGGCACACCCCUCGCCGUCUUCAGCAGCAACGGGCAGAUGGUCAAGCAGCUCCAGUACACGGCUUACGGCGAGAUCUACCACGACUCCAAUCCUGAGUUCCAGCUAGUGGUGGGCUUCCACGGGGGGCUGUACGACCCUCUCACCAAGCUAGUGCACUUCACCCAGCGGGACUACGACGUGCUGGCGGGCCGGUGGACUGCACCAGACUAUACCCUCUGGUCGAAGAUUGGCAAGGAACCAGCUCCUGUUAACCUCUACAUGUUCAAGAACAACAACCCGCUGAGUGACGUGCUGGACAUCAAGAACUACGUCACAGAUGUGAAGAGCUGGCUCGUCAUGUUCGGCUUCAAGCUCAGCAACAUCAUCCCCGGCUUCCCCGCACACACCUCCUACUUCGUGGAGCCGCCCUUCGAGCUCCUGGCCGCUCAGGAGUGCGAGAAUGCUCAGCUGAUCACAGGCGUGGAGCAGGCCGCAGACCGACACAACAGAGCCUUCAUGGCGCUGGAGGGGCGGCUGCUGAACAAAGUCCGGCGGACCAAGCAGGACCAGCCGGGUCACUGGUAUGGCACCAGCGCGCCCAUCACAGGCCGGGGGGUCAUGCUGGCAGUGAAGGACGGCAACGUGAUCACGGGCGUGUCCAGCGUGGCCAGCGAGGACGGCCGCAAGGUGGCGCAGGUGCUCAGCGGCGCCACCUACCUGGAGGGCACACACUACACACAGGACGGCUGCGACUGGCACUUCUUCAUCAAGGUGGGCUCGGUGGACGGGGACCUGCUGGCGCUGGGGCUGGCCAAUGGGCACAAGACCCUGGAGAGCGGCGUCAACGUGACGGUGAGUGGCCGGUCCCGGCGCGGGGCCACAGUGGAGCUCCGCACCGGGGCACUGUGCCUCAGCAUGCGCUACGGGCUGGCGGCAGACGUGGCGGACAAGGAGCGCACGCGCCUGCUGGAGACGGCCCGCCAGAGGGCGCUGUCGCAGGCGUGGACGCGCGAGCAGCAGCGCGCCCGCGAGGGCAAGGAGGGCACGCGCCUGUGGACAGACGGGGAGAGGCAGCAGCUCCUGAGCGCGGGGAAGGUGCAAGGCUACGACGGCUACUACGUGCUGCCCGCGGAGCAGUACCCUGAGCUGGCCGACAGCAGCAGCAACAUCCAGUUUCUGCGACAGAACGAGAUGGGCAGGAGGUAACAGAGCACAAGCCAGCCGUACUUUACUCUCCUAAGGAGAAGAGGCGCAGGCACUCUGACAGCUGCAGGGACUUUUCAAAAGGGAAAAAAAAUAAUAAUAAUAAUCAUAAAUAAAUGAAUAAAUAAAAUUCACUGGCUACCACAGGCAAACACAAAUUACAACCACGAAAAGCAAACUUGUAGGCAAAGCAUUUGGGAAGCACUGAGGUGUGGAAAACAAACAGGACAAAAACUUUUUCAAAAAAAAAGGGGGAAAAAAAAAAACCUUUUUUUAAGAAACUAUUUUUGCCCCUUUUCGGGGGUUUUGGGAAGCGAGAGGCAGUGGGUGAGAUGCCUUGACGGAUCUCCAGGACGAUGGGACAAUAAUGGACCAAGCGCAGAACGAGGUGAGGCCUGGAUUGGUCUGGAGGAACAAAAAAAAAAAAAAGUGGAAAAAAAACAUCACAAAACACGUGACUUAAUCUGAAGGAGCAACAAUCAGUGUCAUUUUUAAAAGCAUCUGACCGGGUCUGAAGGUCCAGAGGGCGCCCAUCAAAGCGGGGGGGUCGGUCUGAAAAACCGCAAACGACAUUAAAGUUGCGGGGGUUGGUGUGCUAGUGAACCGUGUUACUAUCUUAAGGAUCAGUACCACUGCCCACAACUAUAAAUCACGGUCAACUCUCACAAAAAAAAGAAAAACCACACUACUUUGAAGUCUGUCUAAAAAGAUUCACUGCAAAAACAUUUUUUAACUUUAAAUAUUCAAAAUUGUGGCUAUAUUUGCAGUCAAAUUUACCAUAAAUGGUUUUCUUCUUUUUGCCUUUGGUGAAGGUGCAAUGGUCAUUACUUGAGCACUUAAUGUACAGUUUAACCCGGAAAUAAAUCCUCAAUGAAGAAAGAAGUAAUAAGAACCAUUUAUUUUUUUUAUGUUUACUGACAGCUAUUUAUUGUUUUGUGUUCUUCGUACUCUAUGACAAUCAUUAAAGAGUCGCUUAUAUUAUUUAAUGACCUCGUGGACAUAUGAGUUUUUUUGUUUUGUUUUAUUUUCUGGGACGCACAGAUUCAUGACAGUCUGCCUUUAUUUUAAUUUCCUGCCAGGCAAAUUAGUCACAAACAAAAAAAAAAAAUAUGUAAAGUGUUUUGAAAUCGUUUAUACUUUCAAUAAAGUCUUUGAAACUGUGAAACCUGUUUUUCUAAAUAUAACUGUAUGUAAGUGUGUAGCUAUCUAUACACUACACUGUAGAACACUUUUCAAGCUAUCGAGUUUUGUGCACUGAUGAUUUCUGACAGGAGCUGGUUUAUUAUGGGAUGUCCAACCAAUAGCUGCCAUUACUACUAUAAAAAUGUGACGUUUACUUCCAAUAAACAAAAUAUUAAACGUU